GGCCGCCUCCCCAGCUGUGAGCCGCAGCCUCGCCCGUGAAGACGGGCCCACCAUGUUCUAUGGGACCCACUUCAUCAUGUCUCCGCCCGCCAAGAGCAAGCUGAAGCGGCAGGGCCAGCUGCUGUCCAGCGUGCUGUCUCGCACGCUGAGCUACAAGUACCGCGACCUGGACGCCACCUUCGCCGACCUGGGUGCCAGCGACGACCCGGCGGAGCUCUCCACUCAGCUCUCAGCGCCCGGGGUCCUCAAGGUGUUCGGGGACAGCGUGUGCACGGGCGCCCACUACAAGAGCGUGCUGGCCACCUGCCGGUCCAGCGCCCAGGAGCUGGUGCGGGAGGCCCUGGAGCGCUACUCCCUGAGCCCCGAUGGCGCCGGCCAGUACGUGCUGUGCGACGUGGUGGGCCAGGCCGGCGACUCGGAGCGCUUAGCCGCCCCCAAGGAGACAGACUGCGUACUGACCCAGAAAUUAAUUGAAACCCUGAAGCCCUUUGGGGUUUUGGAAGAGGAAGAGGAACUGCAGCGCAGGAUUUUAAUUUUGGAAAAAUUAAAUAAUCUGGUAAAGGAAUGGAUUCGAGAGAUCAGUGAAAGCAAAAGUCUCCCACCCGCUGUGAUUGAGAACGUCGGCGGCAAAAUCUUCACGUUCGGCUCCUACCGGCUAGGGGUGCACACCAAGGGCGCCGACAUCGACGCGCUGUGCGUCGCGCCGAGGCAUGUGGACCGCAGCGACUUCUUCACUUCCUUCUACGACAAGUUGAAACUACACGAGGAAGUCAAGGACUUACGGGCGGUGGAGGAGGCGUUUGUCCCCGUGAUCCGACUGUGUUUUGAUGGGAUCGAGAUUGAUAUUUUGUUUGCAAGAUUAGCACUGCAGACUAUUCCAGAAGACUUGGACCUAAGAGAUGACAGUCUGCUUAAAAAUUUAGAUAUUAGAUGCAUAAGAAGCCUUAAUGGUUGCCGGGUAACCGAUGAAAUCUUACAUCUAGUACCGAACAUUGACAACUUCCGGUUAACUCUCAGAGCUAUCAAGCUGUGGGCCAAAUGCCACAACAUCUACUCCAAUAUAUUAGGGUUCCUGGGAGGCGUUUCCUGGGCCAUGCUUGUAGCAAGAACCUGCCAGCUGUAUCCAAACGCAGUGGCAUCAACCCUUGUCCGUAAAUUUUUCUUAGUGUUUUCUGAAUGGGAGUGGCCAAAUCCAGUGCUACUGAAAGAGCCUGAAGAACAAAACCUUAAUCUGCCUGUAUGGGACCCAAGAGUGAACCCCAGCGACAGGUACCACCUGAUGCCUAUAAUCACACCGGCAUACCCACAGCAGAACUCCACCUACAACGUGUCCGUGUCCACGAGGAUGGUCAUGAUUGAGGAGUUUAAACAAGGUCUUGCUGUCACACAUGAGAUCUUGCUAAGUAAGGCAGAGUGGUCCAAACUGUUUGAAGCUCCAAGCUUCUUUCAAAAGUAUAAGCAUUAUAUUGUACUUCUAGCAAGUGCACCAACAGAAAAGCAGCGUCUAGAAUGGGUGGGCUUGGUGGAAUCAAAAAUCCGAAUCCUGGUGGGCAGCUUGGAGAAGAAUGAAUUUAUUACACUGGCUCACGUGAAUCCUCAGUCAUUUCCAGCACCCAAAGGAAAUCCUGACAAGGAAGAAUUUUCCACAAUGAGUGUGGCUGUUAGACCCGCGGUCGCCAACCUGUCGGACCGCAUGGACCACCCAUUGGCUUCCGCUGGUUUAGGCCUCACGCAUGGAAUUGGGCAGAGCUUGUCCUGCUGUGAUCGGCUCAUUUCGCUGGUGCCAAGUCCUGCAGGGGGCCCUUCUCUCGUGAAGAUCGCAGUUCUUGCUCGUGUCCCUGAAGGCGUGUCCCUGGGAGGGCGGUGCCCGCUAACUGUGUCUCUCCGCAGCCAGGAGCCCGUGACGGCGGCCGGCUCCUGCCUGGCCGGCCUGCUGCCCGAGCUGCGGCACGUGCUGCUGUGGAUGGCCAACGCCGUGGAGCUCCUGUACUUCGUGCAGCAGCAGGGCCCCGUGUACAUGCAGGGCCUGGAGCAGGGGCCCGACGCCACAGGCUCCACGGAGUCCGUGUUCUCCUGCGCGCUCUCGGCCAGCGAGGAGGCCAUGGCGGAGCUGGAGGAGGUGAUCCUGUACGCCUUCCAGCAGUGCGUGUACUACGUCUCCAAGUCCCUGUACGUCUGCCUCCCGGCCCUGCUGGAGUGCCCCCCCUUCCAGACGGAGCCCCGGGAGAGCUGGUGCCAGGCCCCCCAGCUGCCCGAGGAGCUGCGCCGCGUCGUGUCCAUCUACCAGGCCACGCUGGACCUCCUGCGGCAGGCCCAGGUGCACCCCGAGAUUGUGUCCCAGGUGCUGGCCUACCUCUUCUUCUUCUCCAGCACCCUGCUCUUCAACCAGCUCCUGGACAAGGGUGAGGCUGGGCGGGGCUGCGUUCCUGUGAGAAACGUGUGUCCUCCCAGAGCGGCAGGCCGAGCCCUCGGGCGUCCUGACCCGGGGUCUAUGCCGAUGCGAUGUGCGGGGUUCCGCAGGGAGAGGCCCGGGGCAGGGAGUCCGCACGGUGUCUCGGUGUCUCGUAGGGGCAGGCGCUCUGUCAGUGUUGGCGUGGGGCCCUCAGGCCUUUCCUGGUUCCUGUGUCCCCACAGCCCCCAGCCCCUGGGAAACAGGAGGGAACAGGCUGAGAGAAGUGAAGUAAUCUUGACUCCACCUCCCUGCCCCCCAAAGUCCUCACUGCAGACAUUCCUCUGUUGCCCCGCCCGGAGGCUCAGGGCGCUGUGGGCACGGGGACAUGAACGCAGGGACAAGCCCCAGCACUUGGGGUCACUGUCGUGGGUUUCCCAGGCUCAGCGGGGUCUGGGCAGGGCCUGGGGGGGGAGCACGGGGCUCGCUGUAGACUUGGACCAUGUCCCUUCAAUGACUGUCAUAGCCCCUCCCUCCGUCUUCACCCCCCACCUCCCAUGCUCACACCACCCCUCCAGAGGGGGCGCGGGCUUCGGGGAGGCCGGGGAGCACUUUUUCCGGAAGCUGUCCUGCACCCUCAACCUGCUGGCCACUCCCCGCGCCCAGCUCAUCCAGAUGAGCUGGGCGAGCCUGCAGGCCGCAUUCCCUGCCCUGAGCCCCGCGCAGCUGCACCGGCUCCUCACCCAGUACCAGCUGGCCUCGGCCAUGGGCCCCAUGAGCGUCUGGGAGCCGGGCGCCCAGGACCGCCCCGAGGCCUUCGACUCAGAGGACGUGCUCGAGUCCUACGAGAACCCCCCGCCCAUCGUCCUGCCCAGCGAGGGCUUCCAGGUGGACCUGGAGGCGGACUGCCCGGACGACAGCGUCUACCAGCACCUGCUCUACCUGCGCCACUUCCUGUGGGGCCUCAGGCCCCGGGAGGACGGGCGGGCGAUGCAGGACGGUUGA